GAGAUAUGCUGGACAACAGACAUCAGCCACCUCUCAUUUAGAAGUUCGUGAUCCAGUUCAGUUCGAGUCAAUCCACUGCACUGGGAUCGGAGAGUACCUAAGUACGAGACUCGAGCGUUCGAGGUACGGCCGGAACGGAAGUGGCGCCGCUUACGUGCUGCUAUGACCUUGGCUAGGCUCCCUUUCUAUUGCCGCCCAUCCUGACUGCCCAAAAACACCGCUGCUUCGCUUCUGAGCUAUACCACAGCGUCAAAAUGUCCUCAUGCACCCCCAACAACAACCCUCCUGGAGCACCACCUGCUAAUCCUCUAGCUAUGCUCUCCCAGCCCGCCAAACGUCUCUACUGGACGCUCCAAGGCCCCCUCUCCACCGCCGUCACCGUCAUGCCUCUAGACCUCAACCCCGACGCCCCACGCGAGGCCUACUUCCGCCAAACCCUCGCCGGCACCACCUGGCACCCCGUCUCCGAGUCUCCCAUCACCGAACCGCCCGUCGCCUCCCUGGAAGUCAAGGAAACUAACCUGAUGGACUGGCGCGACAGCUGGUGGACCGCGAACCAGGAGGGCCUCGACGAGACCGACGAACCGGAGGGGGAGCCGCCCGAGUUUAGGCCGCUGGUCGUGAGCGCAUCGAACGGGGAGUUUGUGACGGUGCACGAUUACGUGACGGCGGUGCAUCCGUGGCUUAUGGGGCAGAGGGAGCAGAUUCUCAAGGCGAGGAACACGGCUGAAGAUGACGACUACGAGCCUGAGGGGAACGAGAGGUUAUUGCUACAGCUGAAUCGGCCGGCGGAGAUCAGUGUUGAGGAGGAGGACGAGUGGAAGGAGUCGCUGAGGUGGAGGUUUCGGAAUGGGCGGACGUGAAGCGGGGUAGUGACCAGAAUCUAGUCAUUGAAUCUGUGUCCAUUCUUCUACGAGUUAUCUCCCUCUCCGCCUUUGCCUUUGUUGUUUAUAUCCUGAUGUCACGAACCAAUCAUAUACUGCGGCCUGGUGUGGGUCAGGGAUCUGCAAGGCACUCAAUCGGAUGUGAGAUUGGGGCUCUCACGUUCAACAUGCUUCGCGGAUGGCUAGCUUACCUCCUAUUUACGAAGGCAAGCCAGUAGGGUUAUCAUUAUCUCGAAUGUUCAGCACAUACCUAGGUACAUAGCGCCUACCUAAUCAAUGUCCCUUUGCGGC